UGUUUGUUAGCCCUCAGCUAGCCGGAAGCUAAUGUUGCUAAUGUAAACAUUGAGAGGGUUUGAACAGAAGCAGCUGCUGAAAAAGAUCUUCUAUCAUGAACACAACACGUACUGCUGACCUUUUUUUUUUACCUUGUGAUUUAUGUAAGGAGGUCUUCCUAGUGUUGCCCAGGUUAAUAUUCAUAUUGGCCAUUAAAGAAACACAAAUAAAUACCCAUUAGUGUGAUAUUAUCAGCAUGGUGUCUGUGGAUUGUAUCAAACAUUGCCAAAUGACUUUCUCUCAAGAUGAAACAUCCUCAACCUCAUUUCCUGUCUUCCCUGACACCUUCUGUCUGCAGAAAACGCCUUGAGAGCGUUUCUCCUCCCUCCUCCUCCGCCGCCGCCGCCGCCAUGUCUCACAACUACCCGUACAGACGGCCGCAGCCCGACUCCGGCCUCAGAUCUGAUCCUGGUUCUUACGUCUCUUCGGGGCGCCGUCACUCCUCUCCAGACCGUCAGAUUUACCAAGCGCCUCAGGAGUCCUACUCCUACCCGUCGUCUUCCUCCAGAGUCGCUCAGUGGUCGCGGGACGGCGCUGUCAACAUCCUGAGCAGCUGUGGUCUGGAGCCGGACGACCUGGCUCUGCUGGCUGAGAUUCCUGAAGACCGGCUGACAGUUGAGACCCUGCCUCAGGUCCUCCAACAGAUCAAAGGAAAGAGAGGGACUGUCAGACAGUAUGCUCACAACGCUCCAUCCUCCUCUUCCUCCUCUUCCUCUUAUCCCCCCAGCUCCACCCGUCGACCCAUUGUUAAGCCCACCACCAGCGACUGGGACCGCCCCCCCAGCCAGAUGCUCCAGUAUCAGGUGGACCAAGUUAAAUCCAGUCCUCCUCUACCCGAGCUGGACCGCUGGGGGAACCCCAUCACCUUCAGCUCCGUGAGAGCAGAACAAACACCGUCAUCAUCUUCAUCUACAUCCUCCAGUUACGUGGUGGACUUCCACCACAGACCAGCGCCCCCUGACUAUGGUAAGAAUUGCAGAGAUACCGGUCCAGUUUCUUCUCAAGACUACAGCAACAAAUCCAAAAGCCUUGAAUUCAUAAAGCCAGGCAGGGAAGGACGUCAGGUCACCUCUCAGGACUACCACCACAGACCAGCACCUCUGCAGUUUGGGAGGUCAGACAGAGACGCUAGUCCAGCUUCCAGUCAAGACUACUACAACAGACUUAGACCUCCUGACUUUGGUAAGGCUGGAAGAGAUGUUCAAGUCUUCCCUCAGGAACGACCUUCUUUCAGCUCUGUUGGUAGAGACAGAACAAGUCGCCCAUUCUCUCAGCCGGGACCAGCUGACUACAGACCACCUCCUCUGCUUGAAGACAGCCAUCUAAAACCUCUCUGGGGAGGCAGCGGGUCUGAGACUUUGCCCACUAAGAGCAGCAGCCAGCCCAGCGACGUCAUGCCUUCCAAACAGAACGCUAUGGACUUCCACGGAACAACGCCGUCAAUGUACCCACACUCAUGCUCUCUGUGUGCUAUCACUGUGAUGUCAGAGAAGGUGUGGCUGAAGCAUAUAAAUGGGCCUCAUCAUGCUGACGGACAGCUCAGCCUGCUGCAGAAGUUUCCCAAUUGGGACUGUCGAUUGGAGACAGUGGGCAGGGUCGACAACCAACCAGAGAGGUGGAAGGAUGACAGAAAACCUGGCGAGAAGCCCCAGACAUCCAAUCGGAACUCCAAUUCAUCACAGCAACAUAAAAAAAAGGUUUCAGAGAAAAGUAAAGUGGUGUGUGUGAAGUUUCCGGCUCAUUCUGUGGACGAGAAGUACCUGAAGAAACUGGCUGAACCGUUCGGAAGAAUUGUCAAGAUCCUUAUUUUUCCAUCUUUAGCGUUUGUUGAGCUGGGCUCCAUGGAUCAGGCGAAGGACAUGGUGAAGUUCCACGGAAACUAUCCUCCCACUGUGAACAGACAGCAGAUGGAGUUCACAAUCUCACACACCUUCAACUUCCUCCAGAGUUCUCGGGUAGUCAGUUUCACUCCGCCUCCAACAGGAGAGGACGGUCAAUCAGACCUGAUCAGCAUCAUUAAACGCUUUGGCUCACCGCUUUACACCCUGUUCCUGCCCUCCAAGUCAUUUGUAGAGAUGAAAGAAACGAGUGACGCUCAGAAGUUGGUCGAUUAUUAUUCCUCCAACUCUCUGAGGAUCAACGAUGACCUCAUCAAAGUGUCCUUCUCCGGAGAAUACAAGAGCCUCAUGAGGGUUCCAUCAGCCAACAGGUACGAAGAGGAAACCAGGGGGACGAGGAGUUCAAGCAAAGACAAAGAGGAGAAGAAGACCGAGAGAGACAGGAAAAGGAGCAGCAGAGAUCGAGACAAAAGCGGGACCAGAAACAGGUCUAGGUCCAGGGAAAAGUCUGAUAAAGAGAGAAGUGGAGGAACCAGGUCCAAGUCCAAAGAGGAAACAUCCAGAACACGGUCCAGGUCUCGUGAUAAAUCUAGAGGAGACAGGGGGACUAGAACCAGGUCUAAGUCCAAAGAAAAGGACAUCAAUGAGAAGAAGUCUGAGUCCAAAGAAGAAUCCAGCAGAGAGAGGAGUUCCAGGUCUGAGUCUGAUCUCAGAGAGAAUUCAGUCAAAGAAGAAACAGAGGCUUUUGUCACCACAGAGUCCAGCUCUGAUCCAGAUCCUUUCAAAGACUCCAAUCCUGAAACUGCAGAAAAUCCACAAAUGGAAGAGGAAGCACAGUCGUCUGCAGACGAGAGCGACAUUGAGGGGAUGGAGGUGAUUGGAGAGGAUGGAGAGAGUCUACAGGACGAGGAGAUGGAAACUUUGGAUGAUGCUGAUGUAGAGGAGGAGGAGGAAGAGAGAGAUCAUAAGGAUGAAGAGCAGGAGGCGGAGGAAACGGCUGAGAAAGAUGAAUGUCCUGCAGAGAGAACAGACUCACUUGUAGAAGAUCAAGAGAAGAAUGAGGAGAAUCAUGGAGAGGCAGAUGAUCAGGAGGAGGAGAAGAAGAAGGAAAAGAGCGAUCAUCAUGAGCAGCAGGAGGAGAAACAAAUGGAGGAAGAGGAGCAGCAGAAUUGUUUAAAGGAAGAUGAAAUAGAGGAGGAGAAUCUUUUAAAGCAGGCGGAGGAAGCCCAAUCCACGAGAGAAGCUGAGGAGAUGAUGGAGACUCAGCCGGAGGAAGAUGAGUCAGAUUUCCCCGUCGACCUCGACAGCUGCAUCACCCUGGAUGAACUGGAAGAAGACGAGUGUGAUUAUCUAGAUGAAGAAGUCAGACAUGAAUCUGAAUCUCCUGCCAGCCGAGUUCUUUAUUUGAAAAACGUUCCGCUGGAUUUCUUCUCUGACGUAGAGUUCAUUCGACUGGUGAGAGGCUACGGGACAGCGGUACACUUUUUCAGGAUCCCCGGACGCCACUCGGGUUUCAUUGAGAUGUCGUCGUCCUCAGAGGCUCAGAGAGCCAUCAAGGGUCUGAAAGACAAACCGGUCCGUGUGAACGGCAGCAGAAUCUACGCCAUGAUCUCCAGCAACUACACCAGACUCAGCAAGGGGUGGACGGUGGGGUCGCUGUUGGACUCUGAAGAGGAGAAUAAGAGCAGGAGUCAGGGCAGCAGGAGGAGCGAGAGACUCAAAAAACCUGCAGACAGGGACGAGCCCAGCAGGAAGUCUGAGGGGAGGAAACAGUCCUCCAAAAAGACUCCAGAGAAAGAGUCAUCGUCCAGAAAGAGUGAAGAAAAGGAGUCCAGAACAACAAGAAAGAGGUCUUCAGAAAAAGAGUCUGCAUCCAAACAGAAUCCAGAAAAGGUCUCCAGAACGAGUCCAGAGAACGAGCCGAAAGAAAAAGAGUCGGCGUCCAAACAUUCUGCGAAGGAGUCACAUGAUAACAAGAGUGAAGAAAAUGAGUCGGCGUCCAAACAUUCUGCGAAGGAGUCACAUGAUAAAAAGAGUGAAGAAAAUGAGUCGGCGUCCAAAACAGACAAGAAAAGGGUUGAUAAAAAGUCUUCUUCAGAAACGGACAGGUCUGAAAAAAAUUAUCCUGAAAAGACGUCAGAAAAAAGUUCCAGGAGGACUCCAGAGAGAGAGUCAUCGUCAAGAAAGAGUGACGAAAAGGAGUCAAAAACAUCUAAAAGGAAGUCCUCAGAAAAAGAGUCUAAGCCCAGAAAAUCUUUGGAGGAGUCCUCAGACAAGCCGACUGAUGAAAAGAGUUCAGAGAGGGAGUCAAAGAUUGAAGAAAGCGGGUCAGAAAGAAGCUCGAAAAGGACUCCAGAGACGGAGUCCAAAGAGAAGAAAUCCACUGAUUCAGACUCUAUUCAGACUCCAGAAAAAGACUCGGGAUCUGAAAUGAGUCAGAACAAGACCAUCAAGAGAAAGGGAGAUCGGGAGAACGACUCGGUGCCUGAGAAGAAAGGCAAGAAGAACGAAUCGGAGGGCGAGUCAGAAGAGCUGGAGAUCCAGGAGACACCUGAACCAGGACUAAAGGAGUCUGGGAGUCCACAUCCACCAGGCUCAACUGGAAAUCCUGCAAAACUGAAAUGUGAACAGAAACCUGAUGCUGAUGGUCUGAAGGACUCAGAGGUCAACAUGGAGUCACAGUCUGAACCUACAGGGGGCGCUGUAGAGCUGCAGAAACCCACCAAACCUGUCGGCUCAGAGUUUGUGCGUCCAGUCGUCGGUUAUUUCUGUAAUUUGUGUCAGCUGAUCUACGCUGACGAGGACGAAGCCAAACAGCAGCACUGCAGCAGCCUGGAGCACUACAGGAAAUAUCAGGAAAAGACGGGGAAAGAUCCGUGGGCGAGCUGAAUCAACUUCACGUAACUUAAAUCAAAACAUAACUUAUGGUUUUAUCUUUAUUUAUCCCAAAAGUUGAUUGGAAUACUUGUUCGUGUCAGAUCUGUUGGUUUAACUUUACUGUUCUGGUGAAGAUUCAGUAUUACUCGAGGAACCUGCAGCAGAGUGGACGGUUUGAAAACCUGAUGUCAUUUUUAUUUUCUUUAUGUUGGAAAAUGAGGCGCCACGUGUUCUGUAAAGGCUAGAAGUUAAUAUUUAAGUUAUUUAAAUAAUAAGUUCCUUCUUAUUAAUUAUUCGUUUAAAAACUGUAAAUAAACAGUUUAAUAAUUCACAACAAAUUUGAAA